AUGAAGACUGCAACGCGUAACAGACGACUCUCUAUUCUUGAUGGCGGCUGGGGUGCGCAAAUGGGUCCCGAUCUUAUGUUCCAGCAGCUUGAAGAAGGUUACGACGAAGGACCAGACAACAUCGCUCUGAUCUGCACACAUCAAUCCUGGGGUCAUCUCAGAAACAUCGCUGGCGAUCAGCCAGUUAGCGGCUGCUUAACUUGGACUUACCGCCAACUGAUGAAAGCCGCCCGCGACCUUGCGAUUGUCUGGGAAGGCUACGGUGUCAAGAGAGGAGACACUCUCGUUGCCUUCCUUCCAAGCUGUGUGGAGUGGGCGCUUGGUUUCUGGGUUGCUGCCAUCCUUGAACUUACAUUCGUGCCCCUAGAUCCUAUGAGUCUGGCGGUGAACAGUGGAAGAGAGCAAGGUUACCCUCUCGAGCUGCUAGAGACCAGCAUUGUCCUGGUAUCUAACAUCAGAGACGCAUACAAUUUCGAUGAACUCUACCCGGACCUUAGAAAUUCAGUUAGAUGCAGGAUUGUUUGCCAUGAACGAGUCGACUUCUUUNUUCGCGGUUGGAUCAACUUCGAACCCUCAGAGAAGACCUACAGGCUCCGGGCAUCUAAUGCAGGAGACAAACCACACAGACUAAGCCCAGAAGAUCGUGUUGUUGUCGAUAAUCGUGUCGCGGUGGUCCUGUUCACUCAACCAAGCUCUAGACACUCUCCGAAGGGCUGCCCUCUGACCGUUCACAACAUCCGGACAGCACUGGUAAAUCAGUACAUCCUUCCGCACCAGAGGUAUGUGGUCACUUGCCCGUCUUCAAGCAGUGCCACGCUUGAAGCUGUAAUGGUAGCCUGGAAANGAGGUGCAGCCGUCGUUUUUCCAGGGGCUUUCUUCUCUGCACAGACAACCCUCUCGGCGACUGAGCUUCACCACGGUACCCGUCUCAUCUGUACUCCGCUACAACUGGAGGAGCUGAUCAAGCAUCCUUCGCAAACUCAGAGAGAUCUCAGCUCUCUUGAAAGUCUUUCUGUAAGCGGCGGAGUAGUGAGGACAGGUUUGUUGGCUCAGGGGCAAUACGCAUUGCAAACCCAAUGGGCGUCAUCCUUCUUGACAAUGGGCGAAGGAUUCGGUGCGCUUGGUUGGCGUAGCGUGUCUUUGGCCGAUCGAACUCUUAAGAGUGUUGGCACUGUCAUGCCGGGUUCCAUCGUCAAGAUCUGUUCUGUCGCUGGCAGAGAACAUCGCGUGCUGAGUCGAGGAGAAGAAGGCCGACUUCAUGUUGGCGGUGAUGCGACGAUCAAGGGAUAUCUUGAUAGCGAUGCCGAUGAACGCUUUUACCAGGACUCAGAGGGCAACAAUUGGUUCGUUACAAACUAUUUGGCCACUAUAGAUAAAAAUGGCCUGGUCAGAUUGAUCACAGAGCUCAAGGUAUGCCGUGCAAUUUGCCUCGGAUUGAGGAAAAUGCUUCAGUCCUCUUCAUUACGACGAUUGCUGAUGCUUGUGCAGGACCCUGAGCCUACCACGUCAACCCACAGCUCAUAA